GAGAGGAAGAAAGAGGGAGGAAGAGAGAGAAAGAGUCUUCCGUUUCCGUGCGAGCGUUUACUGCACUUCCGCUCUCUCUUAUAUCUCAUUUUGUAAUUUAUUUGCUAUUUUUUUUUGCAUUUUUCCUAUAUUUUCUCUGUUUCUUUACGACCGGAAUCCGAGUUCUCCGGCGAUCUUUUUUCCCUCUCUUCACCGCCGGAGUCUGACUCCUCCGGCCACCUGCCUGUACCAGCCGUUUGAUCAGAAGACUCGACGUGGAUGCUUCCCGUACCUUCAUUGCGGAGCAUUGCUCCUCUUUUUUUCCCUUAGUGGAUAUCCCGUGAAAGCGCUGCAUGUGUCUUCCCGCUUCAGUGAUUUUUCGCGGCGAGGAGAGUGGGGGACUGUGGCGCGGAAGCAAGGAAGAGUAUUUCUAGCUGGGAGAGUUGUGGAGGACUAGGGUUUCUCGCAGUUUUUUGUGGUGAUAGGGCUUCUGAGAUCGGAGAUUGAUGUCAAUCCGCCGGUGGAGGCUGUGGAGUCUAUGAAGAACCGCGUCCCGGAGCGGCGGAACCUGAUGCGGGGUGGUCGAACGGGUUGUGCUCGGCGGGCGGUGGCGUCAGGCGGCAAAGUGUCUCACAUGGAAUGGCAGAUCUUGCUAGCUAUGGGAGUUCUGAGCGAGAUAUCGAGCAGGCCCUUAUUGCUUUGAAGAAAGGCACUCAGUUGCUGAAGUAUGGCCGCAAGGGGAAGCCAAAGUUCUGCCCAUUUAGACUUUCUAAAGAUGAAUCAACUUUGAUCUGGUUUUCAAGUGGUGAAGAAAAAAAGCUAAAGAUUGCAUCAAUCUCCAAAAUUGUUCCUGGACAAAGAACGCCAAUUUUCAAGCGAAAUUUAUGCCCUGAGAAGGAUUAUCUGUCCUUUUCGUUGAUCUAUGACAAUGGUGAGCAGUCUCUUGAUCUGAUCUGCAAGGAUAAGAUUGAGGCUGAAGUUUGGUUUGCUGGACUGAAGGCAUUGAUUUCUUCUGGCCAAAGGGGGCGGUCAAAAAUAGAUGGCCGGAGUGAUGGAGGCCUAUAUUUUGAUGAUAAUUGUGUUCUCACAUCUAGCAGUCCAAGCGAAAUUUCGCUUGGUAACACCAUAGAGAUCAGCUCUCAGAAAAGUUCCACCAGUGUGAGCAUAGAAAACUCGAGGAGAGCUCAAUCUUUUGAGAGUGUGACGACUUCAGUUAGAUCAGAUGUAGGGAUAGAUAAUACAAAUAUGCAAGUUAGAGGAGCAAGUUCAGAUGUAUACCGAGUCAGUGUUUCAAGUGCCCCUAGCUCUUCUAGUCAGGGUUCUGCUCAGGACGAUUGUGAUGCUUUAGGAGAUGUGUACGUCUGGGGGCAAAUCUUGUCUGAUGCUUCUCUGAAUAAUGUUAAUGGUAGAGCUCCUAGGAUUGACCUAUUGGUUCCUAGGCCUCUUGAAUCAAACAUUUUGUUGGAUGUUCAUGGUGUUUCUUGUGGGGGUAGACAUGCUGCACUUGUCAGCAGACAAGGUGAAGUUUAUACCUGGGGUGAGGAAUCUGGUGGCCGGCUUGGGCAUGGGGUUUUAAUGGACGCUAGUCAGCCUCGGCUUAUCGAGUCAUUUGCAGCUUGUAAUGUUGAUUUUGUCGCUUGUGGUGAGUUCCAUACUUGUGCAGUUACUCUGGCCGGUGAUCUUUUCACAUGGGGUGAUGGCACACAUAAUGCCGGACUUCUUGGCCAUGGCAGUGAUGUUAGCCACUGGAUACCCAAGAGAGUUUGUGGACCUCUGGAAGGAAUCCAGGUUGCGGCAGUUUCUUGUGGUGCAUGGCAUACUGCCUUAAUAACUUCAACUGGGCAAUUAUUUACUUUUGGUGAUGGGACCUUUGGUGUCUUGGGGCAUGGUGACCGAGCAAGUGUUUGGUUCCCAAAGGAAGUUGAAUCUUUGAAGGGGCUGAGGACAAUUGCAGUGGCAUGUGGAGUAUGGCAUACUGCUGCAGUUGUAGAGGUCAUUGUGACACAAUCUAGUGCUAGCCUUUCCUCAGGUAAGUUGUUCACCUGGGGCGAUGGAGACAAGAACCGUCUUGGCCAUGGAGACAAAGAGACACGGACUGUUCCUACUUGUGUGCCUUCCCUUAUUGAGUAUAACUUUCAUAAGGUGGCAUGUGGACAUAGCCUUACAGUUGGACUGACUACAUCGGGGCAUGUUUUCACCAUGGGCAGUACUGUUUAUGGUCAGCUUGGCAACCCUCAGUCUGAUGGCAAGGUACCUUGUUUAAUAGAAGAUAAGCUUGUAAGUGAAUCCAUUGAAGAAAUUUCCUGUGGUUCCUACCACGUUGCCGCCUUGACGUCAAGAAAUGAAGUCUAUACUUGGGGAAAAGGAGCUAAUGGAAGAUUAGGCCAUGGGGAUAUUGAAGAUCGGAAAUCACCCACACUUGUUGAAGCCCUGAAAGAUAGGCACGUUAAACACAUCUGUUGUGGCUCAAACUUUACUGCUGCUAUAUGUCUUCAUAGGUGGGUAUCUGCCAAUGACCAAUCGCAAUGCUCAGCAUGCAGGCAGGCAUUUGGCUUUACGAGAAAGAAACAUCAUUGCUACAAUUGUGGGCUUGUUCAUUGUCAUUCCUGCAGCUCCAAAAAAGCAUUAAGAGCAGCUUUGUCUCCUAACCCUGGAAAAGCAUAUCGUGUUUGUGAUUCUUGUUACUUCAAACUUAGCAAAAUAUCAGAAGGUGGUGGUAAUAACAAAAAGAGUGUUGUACCUCGUCUAUCGGGCGAAAACAAAGACAGGUUAGACAGGCUUGAGAUCAAAUCUUCUAAAUCGGACCUUGUUGAAUAUACAGACAGCAAAGCAAACAGACAUGGCAAGAAACCUGAUUCCUUGUCGCCAAUUCUACCUUCACAGAUGGCUGCUUUGUUACAGUUUAAAGACAUUUCUUUACCAGGUGCAGUAGCUCGUGUUAUUCCCAAGCCAUUGAGCACUCCAGCUCUGCAAUCUGUGAUGAAUUCUCGAGCUGUGUCACCUUUUUCAAGGAAGUCCAGUCCUCCUCGUUCUGUGACCCCUGUUCCAACAGGAGGAGGGCUUUCCUUUUCUAAAAGUAUUGCUGAUGGACUUAAAAGGACAAAUGAACUUUUGAGUCAGGAAGUGCAGAAGUUACGGACCCAGGUUGAGAGUCUCAGGCAAAAAUGUGAAUUCCAAGAAUAUGAGCUGCAGAAAUCUGCAAAAAAGGCUCAGGAGGCUAUGUCACUGGCUGCUGAAGAAUCUGCAAAGUGCAAGGCAGCUAAAGAAGUAAUUAAAUCCUUAACUGCACAGCUAAAGGAUAUGGCUGAGAGGCUCCCACCUGGAGUUUAUGACAACGACGGUUUGAGACCAAUGUACGUGCCCAAUGGGGUGGAGCCUAGCACCGUUCACCGACCUGCUGCCAGUGAAGAGAACCAACACCAUGUCCAUGCAAACCACUAUCAACCUGCAGAACCUCCAAAUUUAACUGGCCUUUCAGGCCAGACACACUCGCUGGGAGAUGAUCGAGUUGCAACCAACAGCACAAAUUCUCAUUUGAGAGAGCCAGAAAACUCAACAAUGCAAAAUGGUGAAGAAAAUUUGCCACUAGCAAAGAGUUCAACAGGAACUACGCGAGCAGAGUCCGAACCCGUCCAGAAUGGCACAAAGGGCUCCAUCCCCACGUUGGCUGGUGGUAAUCAGGUCGAAGCCGAAUGGAUUGAACAGUAUGAACCUGGUGUAUAUAUAACCUUGUUGGCACUUCGGGACGGCACCAAGGAUAUCAAGCGAGUGAGAUUCAGCCGGAAAAGGUUUUCCGAGCGCCAAGCGGAGACUUGGUGGUCAGAAAACCGGGAGAAGGUAUUUGAGAAGUACGACGUGCGGGGGGAGGAAAAGGCCUCAGUGGGAUCGUCAGCGCAAACUGGGCAAUAAGUUCGAAGGUCUGCCCGUAUUUCCCAAGUUUCACCGCCCAGGAAAAAGCACGCGACGACAGCAAUGCCGCUCAUUGUCACGUUUUUGUUGCUACUGUAAGCUUGGGAACCCGCUCUUUUGAUGGAUGCGAGAAGGCAAGGAAAUUUUUUUCUUUUUCUUCCUCUUCUUUCUUCGUUGAUAUCUAUUCUUUUUUCUCUUAUCAUCCUUUUUCUCUUUCCUUCUCAGUUUUGAGUCUUGUUACUCUGCCCUUUGCUGUUGUACGUUGUAUAUAUUUAUACAUAUACUCGCUUCUUGUAAUCUAUGGGCAGCAAAAUAUUCGCCGGUGCCAUCCAUCUUGUUAAAAA